CGGCAGCCCUCGCGCGGCGCGGCCUGGCGCGGUGCGUGCGGCGCGGGCGCCUCGGCGGCUCCAGAAGUUUCCCAGGGGCGACGGCCGGCAUGGAGGAGGGGGCGGGAGCGGCGUCGGGAGCGGCCCCGCCGCGGUUCUCGGACGCGGACGUGGACCGGGACCCGGGGGCGGCGGCGCAGGAACUGACAACAGCUUUGGAAGAGAAUCCAGAUGAUGCCGAAUGUUAUUGUCAACGAGCUUAUGCUCAUAUUCUUCUACAGAAAUAUGCUGAUGCGGUUGCAGAUGCAAAAAAGUCUCUAGAACUCAACCCAAACAAUGCUGUAGCGCUCCUUAGAAAAGGGUUAGGUGAAUAUCAUAUCAAAAACUAUGCAUCUGCUUUAGAGUCUUUCAGAGAGGGACAGAGACUGGACAAUGUAGAUGAUACCUUUACUAUUUGGAUUAAAAGAUGUGAAGAAACACUAAAUGCCUCACAGACUGAUUUGAAUACACAGCAGCCCCUGCCACCAAAGAUCAAAUAUGACUGGUACCAGACAGAAUCUCAAGUAAUUGUGACCAUAAUGAUCAAGAACGCGCAGAAGGAUGAUGUCAGUGUGCAGUUUUUGGAGAGAAAGAUGAAUGCAUCAGUGAGACUUCCAUCAGGUGAAGACUUCAACUUAAAGCUUGAUCUUCUUCAUUCUAUAGUGCCAGAGCAAAGUACGUUUAAAGUGCUUUCGACAAAGGUUGAGAUAAAAAUGAAGAAGACAGAGGCUGUAAGAUGGGAGAAGCUGGAGGGCCAGGGAGAUUCUCCUAAAUUAAAGCAAUUUACACCAGAUACCCAGCACUUAUACCCAUCAUCGUCUCACUAUACAAGGAACUGGGACAAACUAGUAGUUGAAAUCAAAGAAGAGGAGAAAAAUGAGAAGUUAGAAGGAGAUGCUGCUUUAAAUAAACUCUUCCAGCAAAUCUAUUCAGAUGGUACAGAUGAAGUAAAACGUGCCAUGAACAAAUCGUUUAUGGAGUCUGGUGGCACAGUUCUGAGCACCAACUGGUCUGAUGUUGGUAAAAGGAAGGUAGAAGUAAAUCCUCCUGAUGACGUGGAAUGGAAAAAAUUCUAAUCCUAUUUCUGAUCCUUACCAUCUAUAUGUUGCCAUAGUCAUGUACUGACACCUAUGUAUGGACAUAGCAUUCUUGGAUUCAAAGCACUGAAUGUUCCCUUGAAAACAGGAAUUGUCUGUACAUUUUGCGUGCUUUAGAAAUUCCUUCAUCUGCAGAUCUUAAAGAUAUACUCAAGAGUGGAACCCUAUUUUUAUCAUCUCUGUCUUAAUUUCUGGGAAUUGGGUCCAUCAGUCCAAAUUUUCUACCACUUUUAUCAGCUCUGCUCUUUGGGAUAGGGUGAUCUCUAAUGGCUGGUCAGGAUUAUUGCCUUACACCUGGUAUUUCUGUUCAAUAACUUAUUAGAUCUUAGCAAUUUUGGGUAAAAACACUUUUCACAACAGUGUUAAAAUUGUUUGCUCCUUAACUCUGCUAAAUAAAACUGUAAAUACAA